CUUCUGUUUGGAGAAUUCAGUGCAGAAGGAUAGAAGGAAACCUAGAACUACCCAUCUACAGUAUAUUGUGCUAGUCAAAAGAACUCGAAAACUAAGCAAGAACUAUACUUGCAGAUUCUUCCUACACCUGAAGAUUUCAGAUUCAAGAUGCUUGGAUUAUAUGAGAAGUUGACCCUGCUGGCAGCGGUGUCAUUGUCCCUUCUGGCCUCUCUGGCCCUGUCUUCCCCCGUGGUGGGUCCAGAGCCUAUCCGCUGUGCCCCCUGUACCCAGGAGAAACUAGAUGAAUGCCCGGCCAUCUCCCCAGACUGUAAGCAGGUUCUAAGGGAGCCGGGAUGUGGCUGCUGCUUAGCAUGUGCCCUGGCGAAGGGGGCCUCCUGUGGGGUGUACACGGCCCACUGUGCUGAGGGGUUAAAAUGCAGCCCUAGAUCUGGAGACCCCAGACCUCUCUACUCUCUCACCAGGGGACAGGCUAUCUGCACCGAGGACGAGGGACAAGAGGAAGUAGAGUGUUUGACAGACCACAGCUCCCUGCCCUACCUCCUGGGACUUAACACCCCCUUUGACCCCAGAGAUGAGGGGGAUCAGGAGAGCAUCAAGGCCAAGGUCAAUGCCAUCCGCAAGAAACUGGUGAAACAGGGGCCCUGCCACAUUGAGCUGCAUGCAGCGCUCGACAGGAUAGCCAGCUCUCAGCAGGAACUAGGAGAGAAGUUCACCACCUUCUACCUCCCCAACUGUGACAAACAUGGCUUCCACAAGGCUAAGCAGUGUGAGUCAUCUCUGGUGGGACCCCCUGCCAGGUGUUGGUGUGUAUCCUCCUGGAAUGGGAAGAAGAUCCCGGGGUCAAAUGACCUACUAGGAGACUCAGAGUGUCAGCAGGAGCUCACUCACUAAAGCAUGGACGCUCCGACAUACAUUUACAGUAUGCAUAUAAUCGGGCACAUACAAGCACUUGCACAAACACACACUCACACUCACAUACCCCUGCACGUACGCAAGCACAGUUCCAUGAAUGCACACGCACACACACACACACGUACGCACGCAUGGACACACGGGUAUGGACAUAUACUGUGUAAUUUUUUACUCAUCUUAAACACUACUUAACACAUACCUACACACAUCAACAUCCACCAAAUGUACUGACUUUCUUUCUACAAAUCCGUACAAAAACACUCUGAUUCACAUGAGCACACAACAUAACAUUUUAUUUAAAAAAAAUAGAAAUUACUCUUAAUUUAUUUACAUGACGUAUCACGCCUUAUUUAUUCAAAACGUGUAUGUGCUUACUAGUAUGAACCAUUUGUAAUUUUUAGAUUAUUUAUAUGUUUGUCUAUUUUCUGAUUGUAAAUAGGGCAACAGUGUAUACAUUUGUGUUUCUGACUAAAUAACUCCAUCUCUGAAGACCACAGGUCUCCAGCUCUGCCAAACCCAGUUCAGGGUCUUCAGAAUCUGUUUUUGAUUCAUUCAACCCGGUGGACUUGUGCACUGUAAAUGAAACAACAUAUCCAUUCAUUCAGUCAACAUGUUGACAGUGUCGGAAUGUAUUCUCAUUGAUAUUUCCUCAAUGGGCAUCGGGGAAAUACUUAAAGUGCCACAAGUAUGCAUCUGCUGGCCAGGCACAAACAUGUCACUGCUCAUCCAAGCCACUGUUUAGUCUUUAUCUACCUCUACUGGUCUGUGCAGGUCUUCUGGUUUAGCAGAGGUUUGUUGUGACACUCGUCGGCACAUACACAGACUCCUCAUGUAAAGUCAUUGUUUUGUUUGUCUGAAAUUACGUCUUAUCUCUUUUGUUUCAUUUGAUGCCAUGAUUAAAUGUCUAUUUAUUAUAUGUCAAGCCCCUGUUCCUGACAGUGAGUCAGAAAUAAACUCAGCAAAAAAAAGAAACGUC